AAAAGAGUGUUUAAAUCCCUCUUACUCCACAAACGAAAACACUCCCAUACAUAUUGUGCCCUAUUUUUGAUUCCCUAAAAUUUUAAUUAGGUUCAGCCACCAUUAAAGCCACCGAUCAAAGUCGUUCCUCUUAGCCACCAUCGUCAAAUCUAUUUGCUCAAACCAUCCUACCCUGCAGCCACUAAUUUCCGUCACCACCAUCAAUUUACUCCAUCGGUGGUUAUGGGGGUUUUUGAUUUCAUCUGCUAGGGCUCAAAUGAGUUCGAAGGCUUCCAACAUGCAAAAAAAUCUACAGCAAACCAUCCCCGAACGAACCAGUGGUGUUGGUUUUUGGUGCUUAAAAAAGUUAACAGAUCUCGAAGGGCUGAUAUCAUAUUUGAAUGGAACGAAGGAUGAUGUUAUUCAGUUUCUUGAUGUUCUUGGAAUCAUACUUGAGAAGUAUGAUCUAAAUACAAGUAGUAACAAGGUAAAGUUUACGUGAGAUAAGACAUGAAGUGAAGUUGAGUGAGCUGUGGUUAAAUAAAGUUCCGACUGUAAAGAUCUCAACCUCUGAACCUAAAUUUCUAUAAAUCUAACUGGUUGUUUGUUUGGGAAUAUAUGUUGUAGAUCUAGAAGUUCAUUGAGAUAAAGAUUCUACAAGUUUCAUUCCAGAGUAGAACAUAAUUUUUUCGAUUUAUUAUUGACUUUUUUGAGUUUUAAGAAGUCAUAAUUUAUUUUUUAAUGUUCUAAGUUUUUUUUUGGUUUGUUUAUUUGUAUAUGCUGUAAAAUCUGACGUUUGGAUAUUUUUACCAUUGUAAUAUAGUGUUUUUGUUAUUUGGAAGUGAAA